GCACUGCACUCGCCUCGUUUCUCGGAUUCUCCCGCUUUUUCCGUUCUGGUCGUUCCCUCUCGCCUUGCUUCCGCGUCGCGUUGUGCGUAGACCUCACUCCCAGCCUUCGGCUUUCUUCCUCUCUUUUUUCUCUCUCUAUACGUGCUCGCGGCCUUCUCGGUCAUUUUCUCUCACUCCAUCUCACACUUGUAGGCAGGGGAACUGAGGCAGCCCUCUCGCUGCUUUAGCGUCACCCAUUAGCCGAUUAAUCGACAUCGGUAAAGUAGGGCUCUUCAUACUUGUAGGGAUCUCGCGCCGUCGUUUCCACCCGGAUUCCUCAGCGAGCAUUGCGUAUGUGCCCUUGCUCUGCGCGUGCCCUUUUCCUGCUCACUGAUUAAUUAAUAAACUAAUCGACUAACUUCCCUUGCCAGGACUCGGCCUUUCGGACGUCAAGACUCCCAUUCUUGGCGCAUCCUAUUCCUUUGAAAAGGACCUUAGGGGCUGUGAGACAACAUUCACUCCUCACCACAGAUAACGAAACACUCUGCACGGUGUACUCACCCGCCAACGAAAUACCGGCACGGAAUACUCACCCGCCAUGGCAACAGCCCUCGUGGACCGCGCCGUGGAGCUCGGCGCGCAAAUAGGAAUCACCCCGACGACGCUCAUCUCGCUCGUGUCGCCGCUGCUCUCCAUCCCCUGCUGCUUCCUCCUCCGCGGCAUCGCGUCGCCCGCGUACCGCCACUUGUGCGCGGCGCUGACGGGGCUACUGCUGGCGCUGUACGCGUUCGGCCCCACCAUCUGGGGCCACUACGCCGUGCUCGUCGCCUUCACCUACGCCGCCAUGGCGCUGCACCGCCGCCGCUGCGGCUUCAUCACGCUCGUCGGCACCUUCGCGUACCUCCUCGCCUGUCACAUUAUUUAUGCGAGCGGCAAGGCCCGGAAGGACCAGGGAAUCGACUUUGCGGGGACGCUCAUGAUGGUGACGUUAAAGCUGACGUCAUCGGCGUUCGACUACCAGGACGGCAUGUACCUCGUGGACGCGGACCUCCCCACACCGCAGCGCGGCACGCACCGCCACCUCAAGACGCUACCGUCUGUGUCGCAGUACAUGGGUUACAUCUUCUGUGGCGGGUUACAUCUCACCGGGCCGUUCUUCGAGCUCAGACCGUACCUGGACUGGGCCGAGAACCGAGGAGUGUGGUCGCACGACGCUCGCAAGGCACCCUUCGCGAUCCCGCUGCUCGUCGCACUCGCGUGGGCGACAGCCUCGGGCUUUAUUCACCUCGUCCUAAAGCCGCAGCUCAACUUACCUCUGGUCACCGACCCGAAGCGCUUCUACGCGAUUCCGUACCUCCACCGAUGGGGACACGUCAUCAUCUCGACGUACGCCGUCCGAUGCAAGAUCUACUUCGUUUGGACGGUUGCCGAGGCGAGCAUGAUCGCCUCGGGAUUAGGGUUCAGCGGGUGGGUUCCCGCCAAUAAGGCAGCAGCACCGACGCAAGAAUCGGGUAGAAGUAACAGCAGCGAGACUGCCGCCGUGAAUGCCGCCGUAAAAUCCACCGUGAUUACCACGACCGCAUGGCAACAGGAACGAUCGGUUCUGAGGAAAUCCUUAGUUCAGAAGAAAGCUCCGCAUGGGGUGCUGGGUGAUAGCGUGGCUGGGAAUGCGGCGAAGGUGUGCGACGCCGGGAAGCGCGCUGCGAAGAGCCCUCUGCGAAAGAAUGGCGGAGUAACCAUUGCGAAUGACGAGAACGAAGCUCCUGAGUUUGGCUCGAAGAAGAGUUACUCGAACGGAUUUCUCACCGCGUGCGAGGAGACCAAGGACGAUGUUGCUUUGGCGAAGGAGAACGGGACUGUAACAGCGGCGACGGAGCAGGCGAAGGUCGCAGAAGUCGCACAGGCGCCGCUGGUGGCGUCGUGGGAGCGCGCGAAGAACAUCAACAUCGCGGGGGUGGAGCUGGCGAAGGCUUUUAACGCGUACGCCAAGAACUGGAACGUCUCUGUCGGGCUGUGGCUAAGAACAUACAUCUACGAGCGCACCAUCCCUGUGGGGCAGAAGCCGGGCGUCUUCUCGCUGCUGCUCACCGUUGGCGUCAGCGCCAUCUGGCAUGGCAUCUACAUUGGUGACUUCAUGUUCGCCUUCAGUGGCGCGUUCCUCAUCAUGGGGUCCAGAGUGAUCUACCGCUAUCAGCGCACCAUCCCUCAGUCGCAGCGGGUGUGGGCCACCAUAGUGCAGGCGCUGCACUGCCUGUACUCAUUCGCCGGACUCAACUACAUCGCCAUGGGCUUCAUCGUGCUCACAGCAGAGGACACCCUCACGGUGUACCGGGGGCUCAACUUUGUCGGCAACCUCCUGCCGGUGGUGGUGCUUGGGGGCAGCUGGGCGCUCAGGAGAGUGCACGCCCUGCUCCAUGCCACCUCCUCCUCCUCCAAGAAAGCCAGGAGCAGCAGCGCUGUGAGCAGCAGCAAGAGCCAGAGAGUGAUCGCAGCUGAGUUGGCGACCAAGCAGCCGGAGCAGCAGGUGGUGCAGCUGCUGCAGCCGGUGAUGGUGCAUGCUAAGGUGGAGUGAAGCAGAGGAGGCGGCUCCUGCGUCGACUCAAAAGUGGUUUCGGCUGCAGAAGCCGGUUAUGCACCUGUGGUGCUUGCUAAGGUGGAGUGAAGAGGAGGAGACGAGUGAGGGAGCUUGUACGGGGUACAGCAGCACUGCCAAGGGGAAGAGAUGAGUUGAGCUGAAUGCUUGUAGGCGCCAUGUCUCUUCACUGGAUGGCAGACAGAAAAGGAAUCCCCAGAUUGCAGAACAGUCACUGCGAGGGUGAUUUGCUAACCCGUGAUGAUGUUGACGGGUCUUGGGACCUCGUCGUGACUAGCACGACUCAGUUCUUAGUGGUAGAUAAAAGUUAAUUGGCUAAGGUGAAAGCUGAUUGGAGUAGAGUAGGUAGUACCUUCAGGUGUAGCAUAGCCCCCCACUUGGAAAUUACGUAAUGGGUGCAUGCUUUCUGCACCCCAUUUGCUGAUUAAAUUUUAUUGUUUAUC